CAAUUUUGGUUCCAAUUAACCACACAACACGCAAUCUCCUGUCCUCACAUUAACCCUUCAUCUUCUUCCUUCUAUUUCCGCCUCCAAACACAACACUCUCCUCUUUAUUAUGGCCGAAGAUCUUUCCCUUGAUUUGGAAGAGCUUCGUCUCCUCCACACCAUUGCCAAGAGGCCUCGCGUCAUCUCUCUCAUUACCUCUCAGAUUCGCACCUUAGAGCAGUUAUCGGAACAGUCCGUCCCACGAACUCCCACUCCUAUUCCUGUUUCUACAUCAAUUGCUAAGGUGCCCAUCAAUUCAUCCAUUGUUUAUACUCCACUACCGGGAUUCAGUUGGGAUCAAGACAAUGACAAAGUGAAGAUAUAUAUAUCGUUGGAAGGAAUUGAGCAAGAAAAAGUUGAAGCUGACUACAAGCAAUUAUCGAUUGAUAUCAAGUUUCAUGAUGUCAAAGGCAAGAAUUACCGGUUUGCUAUUCCUAAGUUGAACAAGGAGAUUGUUCCUGAGAAGUGUAAGUUGCUUGUGAAACCAACAAGGGCUGUUAUCACGUUGUACAAAGCUUCAAAGGGGAACUGGUCAGAUUUGAAUUUGAAGGAGGACAAGCUCAAGCCGGGUCUUGAUAAGGAACGCGACCCAAUGGCAGGAAUCAUGGAUUUAAUGAAGAAUAUGUACGACGACGGAGAUGAUGAAAUGAAAAGAACAAUAGCGAAGGCGUGGACUGAUGCCAGAACUGGCAAGACAGCUGAUCCACUUAAAGGGUUCCCUUGAGCAAACACCAGGGCAAACGCAGUUACAUCUUUUAGGGAUGAUUAUUCUGGUUGGGUGGAUGAGAUUAGUGGACUGCAAGUUGGCCUUGCUAUUUAUGGUUUUGAAUCUUUUUGAUUGUUUUAGUUCUGAAGGUGAGUCUGUAUAAAACUUGCUCAAGGCUUUGUGAUCUAUAAGAAGUUCGUUCAUAUUUUGUUUUGUAUGGGUAUAUUGAGGGUUCUUGCCAUUGAUUUUAA